AUGGCGGCCCUCAAAAGAGGCUGCAUGAAGAUUGUAGGGGAGAUGGUGCGGGCCUGGCCCUUCCCCUGCCUCCAUUUGGGAUCGUUCAUAACGGAGCAGUGGAAACCCUUGUUGGAAGCUGUGCUAGAUGGGCUGGAACGUGUUCCCACCAACACUGUGUUCCCCGGGAGAUCAAAGUUGAAGGUGUUGGAUUUGACCCGCGACCGUGAGUCUUCUCCUUUGGAGAUGUUUCCUGCACCCCCAGUCAUCACUCACAUGAUGGCAAACCCACAGUGCACCCCCAGUUGUGGAGGACACACCCACCGUGAUGGAGAACCCCUGGAGAUCCAUGCAGACCUUCGCUUUUGCAGGUUCAACGGUUUGUACCACCCGUCUCCAUUCACCUCUUACAUAGUUCAGAGAGUCAACCACAGUCACGGCUGUCUGCGCCUGUGUUGUCGGGCCCUGGUCAUCAAGGACGCAGCGUACCAUGACCACCUACAGAGGCACAGACUGCCAGACAUGCGGGACAGGUGUUUGACCACAUGUGAACCGCAACUGAGCCAGGUCUUCAGCCCAGAAGACCAGAGAAGAUUCCUGAACAACCGUGACUUUUGUGUGGAUUUCUACGGUUGCCUGUCCCUGCUGCGUUCCUUGGGGCACCUCAAGGAGCUUCACCUGAUGUUCAGCUGUUGCUCAGAGAAGCUGCGUCUCCUGCUCAGUUACCUGCGGGAACCGCUGCAGAGCCUGGUCAUCAGUAAAUGCAGACUUACUAUGAUAGAAAUGCCCUACCUCUCCGCCAGCAUCCACGCCACCUGCCUGAAGGAGCUGGAAUUAUCUAACGCUGACUUGUCUCAGGUAGUUCCCGGUCCCCUGGCGGUUCUGCUCCAAGAGGUCUCCAGCACCCUGCAGCACCUGAGCUUGAGAAACUGCAAGUUGAAGGAAUCCCACCUCACAGCCCUCCUGCCCACCCUGUGCAGCUGUGCCCACCUCCGCUCCCUGGUCCUGGGUGGCAACGUCAUCUCCACACCAGGCCUCGUGAACAUGCUUCAGCACCUAGCAGAGCUGAAGGGGCUGAAGCGGCUGCAGUACCCCGUCCCGGCUGACUGUGAGGGGACGCUCAACAGAGGCAAACUGGCCCAGGUGCAUGACACCUUGCAGCAGCUACUGCAGACUCUUCGGCGGGGAGACAUGGAGUUGACUAAUUCUACCUUUGUUGCUUCAUUUAUGAAAAGGCACCGCAGACCUGAUGGAGAGGCCAGGAUGGAGCCGUGGCAGUGGGUUUACUGA